CAAUCACUUCCGGCUGCCUUCACACGACCUGAAAACACAUGUCAGCUAACAGCUAGCAGUGGCGAUAAACAGGAUAAGCAGACAUAAACGUCUCAGACAAUGGUCCACAUCAGUAGAAUUUGCCUCCGCAAGUAUGGAAACUUUUUGGACAAUCUCCGCCUGUAUGUACGUGGAGGCCCCGGCGGGAUGGCUCUGCCCCGCCUUGGAGGACAUGGAGGAAACGGUGGAGAUGUUUGGGUGGUGGCGACAAAGAACAUGACUUUAAAGAGGAUCAAGGACAAAUACCCACUGAAACGGUUCCAAGGUGGACCAGGAGGCAACAGCAGUGUCCGAGCUCUAAAGGGAGAAAGAGGAAAAGACGAGGAAAUCCCAGCGCCUGUUGGUAUAACUGUCACCGAUGACGAUGGCAGAGUACUUGGGGAAUUGAACGCAGAGGGUGAUCGUGUGCUGGUGGCAAAAGGAGGACGUGGAGGCACGCCGUACUCUGCCUUUGAGCCCAAGAAAGGCCAGGCCAAGCAAAUACGACUGGACCUCAAACUCAUUGCUGACCUGGGCCUUGUAGGGUUCCCAAAUGCAGGAAAGUCAUCUCUCCUCACAGCCUUGUCUAACGCCACUCCUCAGAUUGCCAGCUAUGCUUUCACAACUUUGAGGCCAGAGAUCGGCAAGCUAAUGUAUCCAGAUUACAAGCAAAUCUCACUUGCGGAUCUGCCGGGACUGAUUGAGGGGGCUCACAUGAACAGAGGCAUGGGGCACAAGUUCCUGAAGCACGUAGAAAGGACCAAACAACUGCUUUUUGUGGUGGAUGUUACUGGUUUCCAGCUGGCCAGUAAAACACCGUUCAGAUCUGCCUUCGAAGCUGUGCAGCUUCUCACCAAGGAGCUGGAGUUGUACAAGGAGGAGCUGGUGUCAAAGCCUGCGUUACUGGCGGUAAACAAAAUGGACCUGCCUGAUGCUGAGGACAAACUGGAAGAGCUGGAAGAGCAACUGCAAAACCCAGAGGCGUUCACACAUUUGCUGCCAGAUGAUAUGAUGCCGAAUAACUUCGUAACAUUCAGACACGUGAUGCCCGUUUCCGCCCUCACCGGGUUCGGCGUCGACCGCGUGAAGAGCUGCAUUCGGCUCUCCCUGGACGAGCGCGCCGCCAUGGAAAUGAGCACCGUGCACCAGGAAAAGCUGCAAGCGCUGAGGCACCAACUUCAUGAACAUUUGUGAGAAACCGUGGACCAAAUCUCACUCAAGCGGCGUCGGCAGGACACAAUGAGUUCUGUCAGCUAAAACAAAGCAUGAUGGGAAGCAUUUAUCUGUCAAGGAACACUUGAGAAACAAAAAACUGUCCAGCGUCGAUUGGAGGAAUUGUUGUCUACAAGUCUGGAACGUUGAGCCGCUUCCUCUGACUUUCUGGUGCAAAGCAGCGCCGCCUACAUGAAAUGAAGAACAUUGUUUCUGUUUCAGCCAAAGGCUCACAAAGAUUAUGGUCAAAGUCAUUAUUGUGUGCACUUUAAAUGCUUUGAAAACGUCCCAACAUACCGCAUCCACAAUGUUUCAGGCAAUAUGUGGAAAUACUGUUGUUGAGGGUUAGUAGUGUUUGAUUGAUUCUAACUCAAUAAACUUAGGUUUGUGUUUGAAUGAAAGUUUUAUUUUUUAUUAAAUAUAUUACAAUACUUAAUAAGGAAGGGGGAAAAAAUAAGUGGGCUGAUUUUUGCAUCAAUAGUCUGUACAGCACACAGGUAAAAAUAAUGCUAAUAAAAAAAA